GUUAUCUCUUACCAUCCUCACCUGCCAUCUUAGCCCCCCCCUAAUGCCUAAUCCAAUGUGCCUCCCCUCUUUGAUUCAGGGAAGAACAACAAACGUAUAUCGGCUAUGUCCUCAUCGAUUCGCUCGUUGAUGGUCUCAACCCCUUGAUCGAAGUGUUGAGUGUAUAAUGCUAGUCUCAGAGCCACUCCGUACUAAUUACACCACGCCCUAUAGUAAACGCGAUGUUUAGCAGCUUUCGAGGCCAGCCGGAGAGUUACGAGAAAAAGGCAAAAUACAGAUUUGGCCGAACCCUUGGUGCCGGUACAUACGGUAUUGUGCGUGAGGCAGACAGCCCCAAGGGCAAGGUCGCUAUCAAGAUCAUCCUCAAGAAGAAUGUUAAGGGAAACGAGCAGAUGGUCUGGGAUGAGUUAGAUAUGCUCCAGCGCCUCAAGCACCCACAUAUUGUUCGCUUCGUCGAUUGGUUCGAGUCGAGAGAUAAAUGGUACAUUGUUACUGAGCUCGCUACUGGCGGCGAGCUUUUCGAUCGCAUUUGCGAACAGGGUAAAUUUACCGAAAAGGAUGCUUCGCAGACCAUCAGACAGGUUCUCGACGCUGUCGACUAUCUCCACGAUAGGAACGUGGUGCACCGAGAUCUUAAGCCCGAGAACCUCCUCUACCUUAGCAAAGACCCCAACUCCGACUUAGUCUUGGCGGAUUUUGGAAUUGCAAAGAUGCUUGAUACCAAGGACGAAGUCCUUACCACAAUGGCGGGGUCUUUCGGUUAUGCGGCACCGGAAGUCAUGUUGAAGAAAGGUCAUGGCAAACCCGUAGACAUGUGGUCAUUAGGUGUCAUUACUUACACUCUUCUCUGCGGUUACUCUCCUUUCCGCUCCGAAAACCUGCAGGAUUUAAUCGAUGAAUGCAGUAACGGGAAGGUGGUCUUCCAUGAGCGUUACUGGAGAGAUGUUAGUGACGAUGCAAAGGACUUUAUUAUGCACCUCUUACAGCCGAAUCCGGAUAAGAGAUGGACCAGCAAGCAAGCACUCAGGCACCCCUGGCUCAGCGGCGAAAACGCUUCGGACCAUAACUUGCUUCCCGAAAUUAGGGCUUACAUGGCCAAAGCAAGACUCCGCCGCGGUAUCGAACUUGUCAAAUUGGCAAACCGAAUCGAGGCGCUCAAGCUGCAAGAAGACGAUCCGGAAAACCCAGACUUCAUUGACGAUUCAGUGGCUCCAGCCAGCGAAGAAGCCGGCAAAUCUACGUCAUCGAAACAGGAGACCGGCAAGGGCAGGCUUACGCGCGCUAUGAAAGGCGCCAUCUUCCGCGAGGUAGUUUUAGCUAAGGUCCGCGAGAUGAAGGAGCAAGAACAGACUCUCAAGAUCACGGAAGAAGUAGAAAAGGAGGCGAAGCGAAGGAGUUUCCACGGUUGAGCAAAACAGAGACAGAAUUGUGUUUGGCGCAACUUAGCAAUAUAUUAGAUACCCCCUUUCAUACUCGGAAGGGCAGCGGCAGAAGUAGGGAAAGGAUAUCAAGGACAGCGUGGGCAUUAUUUACCACAACCGAGUCGUUACAGUGCAUAGCAGGCGGGAAUCGAUAGAGGUGGAAGAAGAAAAAGUAGUUGGCUAUUCGUUCCGGGGAAUAAGAGAUUCUCCCCCUCGUGUUCUUUUUUUUUUCUAUAUCCUGUUCCUUCCCGAUAUCCGUUUUCGCGUUCGAUCAGAGCUCGUCCAGCGUUGGGCUUCUUCAAUAUUGAAUUCUUCGUUUCGUGUCGUCCAGUCACACUCUUGCGGUUAGGCGCGGGUUUAUUAAGGCGUCACGGACGUAUAGUAUAGUAUAUUGUUCCCUUUUUUUUUUUUUUUU